GCUCUAGUGCACUAGCACAGAGAGUACUGCAACAGCUGCGUGUCGGUGCAGCCUUGGUCUGUGGAUGAGCGCUUUGUCACGCACUGCCCUGUCCUGUGCAAGUUGACGCGGAUUUCCCGGCACUCGAAAUACCCAUGGUGAGACGGGACUGCCGCUUCGACGAUUACAUCAAGGGGGAAAGGAGACGUUUACCAUUGAACAGGUUUCUGGACAACGCUUGAGUCUUUGACAUGGAGAAAACACUGCACAUUCUAGCGAAGCCAGCAGACACUACUGAUAAAGUUAUGGAGGAGCCCACACUGAAUCUGACCAUGGGUAACGCUGAGUUUACAGAACAACAAAUGGUACUAGCUGACAAGAUACCUUUAGUGAAACCUUGUUUUAAGAAGAAGCCGAUUAAAUUGGACGCGAAUUGCCUUCGGACUCUAGGGGAUCCCAUUUUGACUACAUUACUGAGCGCGGACGCACUUGUAGCCGGAGAUGGAGUGUUUGUUCCCAGGAAUCCAACGAGGACGCAGAGGAAUCUAUGUACCGCUGUGGUGGUAAAGCAAACAAGGGUCGAUCAGGUGUGCUUGAAGGACGAGAGUACCGUUUCUGGACUGAUGGGCAACACAGCAGACACGGAAAUGGCGGACACAUCAGCCGAUGUUCGGGAAGGGGGGCAGAAGGUGACUGAUAUUCAGCGGGUGACAAUGGACACUAAUGAGCACGGCUUCCCGCCCCAGGCGCGCGACGUGACGGCGCCCACCACCGUUACCCCAUGUGAGGGGCAAAAGAUGAAUGACAUCUAUACCUCGGAGUCCUUGCAGGGUGCAAAUUGCCUCGCCAUCAAAGACAGCUCGCUGCAGAGUGAGAUCUUUCUGGAUAAAAGCGAAGAAGCCUCUUUGGAUUUAGUCUUUGAACUUCUGACCCAGCUGCAGUACCACACACAUCAAGGCGACGGGGUAUCGAUUUGCGUGGAUUUCCUCCAGGGAGUCUGUGUCUAUGGCAGCGACUGUGCACACCACCACACCGUGCUACCCUACCACUGGCAAAUUUGCAGAGCCGAUACGAAAAUUUGGCAAAGUAUAUCGGAUGAUUCGCAAGAACAGCUGGAAAGGCUGUAUUGCAAUCCGGACAAUGAACAAGUCAGAAUGAAGUUUCUGGGCCGGGUGUUCACGCUAGACUUCAGCGUGAUGAGAGUGUCCGACCCCGAAUUCGAUCAGGUCAGGCGCCUCUCCACGCCCUCGUCCUCCUCCACCAGCACGCCGGCCACACCCGCCUCCAACAACCCCACCCCCAGCUGCCUCACCGUCUGGAAGUACUACUGCCGAGACAACUUUGGCUGGAGGGAGUAUUCCGAGCCGGUGGUGCGUCUGAUCGAGGAGGCGAGUGGCCGGGGGCUGAAGGAGGUGCGCUUCAUCACGCUGCAGAAUCAGUACAUCCUCAACAUCCGCGAGGGCUUCCAGCAGAAUGCCGUCUUCGGCUUCCGCCGGCAGAUCAAGAAGCGCCCACUCUUCCUCUCCGCUGUCAUGCUCACGCCUUACCUACAGACACUUGGUGGCCUGUCGUCAUUGGAGACGUCCACAUCCCUCCCGCUGUCGCCCACCUCUGUCGCCCCGCCCAAAGUUUUCCCUGAGACGUGGUUACCCAUGAGCCCCAGCCUGGACUACCUGCAGGUGCCCGUCUCCCGUGAGGACCGCAGCUACCGCACCGUCUACAGCCUCUUCCACAAGACCGUGUCCGAGACCAGGUUCCGCAUCCUCAAGAUCAUGCGCGUGCAGAACCCUUUCCUCUGGGAGAAAUACAAGAGGAAGAAGGAGUAUAUGUCCCGGCGCAUGUCGGAGAUGGACCGCAUGCUCAACGAGCGCCACCUCUUCCACGGCACCUCGGCGGACGUGGUGGAGGGCAUCUGCAAGCACAACUUUGACCCGCGCGUCUGCGGCAAGCACGCCACCAUGUUCGGCCAGGGCAGCUACUUCGCCCGCAAGGCCGUCUACUCGCACAACUUUGCCAAGCGCUCGCCCAAGGGCAAGCACUACAUGUUCCUGGCCAAGGUGCUGACGGGCAAGUUCACGGUGGGCAACCCGUCCAUGCGCCGCCCGCCGCCGCUCAACCCGCGCGACCCCUCCAGCGACCUGUUUGACUCGUGCGUGGACAACUGGAUGGACCCGCAGAUCUUUGUCAUUUUCAAUGACGACCAGAGCUACCCCUACUUCAUCAUUCAGUAUGAGGAGGUGUCCAACACUGUGGCCAUCUGAGCAGCCCUCCCUGAGCCUGCCUGCCUGCCUGCCUGCCUGAGGUGCACAGGACUGUGGACUACAGUAUAGGGGCCGAGAGGACUGUCUGGAAAGAGGCAGUGGACGGUGGGGACUGUAAGAGGGACAAAAGACUUGGAAAUCCCAGCUCCAUGCCAUACGCGCCCUUUUAAUUUCACCUUACAGAGGGGUGUGUGUGUGUGUGUGUGUGUGUGUGUGUGUGUGUGUGUGAGACCGUCUUAUCACAGCUUUCCUGCUCUAGCUGGAUAGAGGAGUGUGUUUGACCAAUAAGCCAGUGACUGCUCAGAUAGAAGCACAACUAUGAUUGGUCAUAGCCGCGAUAUCAGCCAUUCGGUUUCCUAAAGCUUGCUGUGCUCAUUUCAGCUAAACCUAGUGCCUGUCCACGCCACGCCAUGCCUAACAUGCCACUCUUUGUGAGGUACAACAAUAGAAUAAUAGUCAACAAAACACAGUACUAACAAGUAGUAGUGACAGGAAGUUCAGUACUUCUCAAAGUAAACUAUUGAUUUGACACUGCACAGGCUUUCUAUACAUCUGUGAGAACAUGUUCCAAUUGUGCUUUUAUUAUAGAUAUUGGAUUACAUUGAAGCUACAUGAAAAUGAAUGAACAAAAGUACAUAUGCCAACCAAAAACAGGAAUUGCCUUUUUUGCGAUUUAUCAGCUUCUUCUAAUAUUUGACUGCACAACCUAAAUUAUACAAAUUAACAGCAAUUGAUGAUCAAUUGAUUGGUACCACACCAAGGUACAUUAAGUUCAAAAUGGCAUGUCUGGCUUUCGCCACUUUUCUAACCACUAAGGUGACCAUAUCAGGAAGCACCAUAGUAGGAAGGCUAGUGGAUGUACAGUCCGGAACAGCUUGUAAAUAUUAAGCUCUCUCAGCAAUCAAGCUAAUUCAUGCUAGCCUCAAGGAUAGUUUAGCUAACGGUGCUAGCAGCUGUCUCAUGCUCAGACUCUGAGCUUGCUACAGUUGUAGACGUUGUCACUGUAAGUUAUUUUGCUCUUCUCUGCUGGGUAGAGAAUGAAGACGAAUGCGCUGCACAUCCAGCGUAGUAUCCCAGUUCAUUUCUCCUCAGCAGUUGUCUGUGAAGCUAGUAGCUUUCUGGUAGAGGCUGGCUGUCUUGGCUUGACAUAUUGGUUGAACACAUUCAGAGUGAAUGAGUAUGUAUGAGUGUGAAUGUAAAGCCCACCCCACCAAUUUGAAGGCCUCAGUGUGUUGGAUAGGCUGCUGUUCAUCCAGUGGCUUUAGGCUGUGUGCAAAUAUGUGUCUUGUAAGUGGCCAGGACUGUGUGUGUGUGUAUGUGUGUGUGAGAAUGUGUGUGGGCUCACGUCAGUGCAGCAGAUAUUUGGACCCUUCGGUGGCUUGUCCUAGUUUGGACUGGAUCCUGUUUGUGACCGUGAAGUUUUUGUUUUUCCUAAAAAGAAAAAGAAAAAAAGAUUUACCUCUUUUUCAUCCCAUUGUCCACAUACACUUUCCACAUUUUGUGAGAGAAAUUGUACAUAUGUUCUCCUUGUUUAUAUUUCAACUGUGUGCCUUUUGUUCAUAAAUAAAAUGUUUAUUUAUGUUAGUUAAUGUUACAUUGAAUAAAUAAAGAUGUAAAGAGAAUUUUCGAACAUA